GCCUUUUUGGGGAGGGGGGGGGGGUGUGUGUGUCAGACCGUGGACAGGCAGGCGUGGCAGUGGGCUGGUCCAGGGCGCACAGAGGGGAUGAAACACAUCAGGAUCCAUUGACUUGGUAUCAGCUGAGGCCCUGAAACAUCCGACAAAGGAAACGUGGUGUUGGGGAGCACAGCUUUGAUUUUUUUUACCACAGCUGCUGAUUCUGAGGGCGCUUCGUGGGCAGUGGGUGUGCCGCACCCACGCAGAGGACACCGUCCUGAGGAUGCACUGAGCUUUCCCCCGCUGCUUCUUGGUUGUAAGUCCCCAAAAGAGUAGAAGAUGAGCAAGUCUCCCACCCCGAAAAGCACCCCGGUGCAGCGCAGCCCCAGCGAUGGGUUCCCCGAGAGCCUCCCGUCUCCUCAGCACUCCACGCCCGGCUCCGGACCCCAGCACAAGAAACGCAUCUCCAGCCUUCUGCAGAGUCCGUCAUUCAGGGAGGAGCUGGAUGUGCUGAUCCAGGAGCAGAUGAAGAAGGGCGGCAGCUCGUCCAACCUCUGGGCGCUGAGACAGCUGGCUGAUUUCAUGGCCUCGCAUGGCUCUCCGGCCGCCCUGCCCGUCUCCCCGUCCAACAUGAUGAUGGUGACGCCCAUCAACGACCUGCACGGCUGGGAGCCUGGCAGCAUGGUGAAGGGAGAGAGGCUGAUGCGCUGCAAGCUGGCCAGCACCCACCGCCUGUUCGACCUCUUCGGCUGGGUGCAGAUCAGCCACACAUGCCUGACUCUGCGUGUUAGCAAAGAGCAGGAACACUUCCUGGUGCUUCCAGACGGACUGGCCUACAGCGAGGUGUCCGGAUCCAGUCUGGUGAAGGUGAACAUCCUGGGGGAAGUGGUGGAGAAAGGCAGCACCAACCUCGGUGUGGACACGGAGAAGUUCAGCCUACACUCGGCCAUCUACUCGGCCCGGCCCGAUGUCCGCUGUCUGCUUCACCUCCACACACCGGCCACAGCUGCGGUGUCGGCGAUGAAGUGCGGCCUCCUGCCUCUCUCCCACGAGGCUCUGCUGGUCGGUGAUGUAGCUUACUACGACUACAACGGAGUCAUGGAGGAGGAGGAGGACAGAGUGGAGCUGCAGAAGAGCCUCGGGCCGACCUGUAAGGUUCUGGUGCUGAGGAAUCACGGCAUUGUGGCUCUGGGGGAGUCUGUUGAAGAGGCCUUCUACACCAUCUAUCACAUCCAGGCUGCCUGCCAGAUCCAGACGACGGCUUUGUGCAGUGCCGGCGGUGAGAAGAACCUGAUCCUGUUGGACCGGACCAUCCAUAAACCCAACAUAGCCGGCACCGUGGGCUGGGCCGGCUCCACCUUUGGACCGCUGCACAAGAGCCGCAUUGGGGAGCAUGAGUUCGAAGCCCUCAUGAGAACUCUGGAUAACUUGGGCUAUCGUACAGGCUAUGCCUACCGUUUCCCUGUGCUGCUGGAGCGGUCGCGGACGAGGAGGGAGGUCGAAGUGCCCGCAACCGCCACAGCUUUUCACCAAUUUGAUGACGAUGGGGUCCACCCAGCUCUGAGGCAGCACCCGUUUGCUCAGCGCCAGCAGCAGGAGAGGACCCGAUGGCUCAACACCCCGAACACCUACCAAAAAGUCAACCAGGAGCAGGCCAGCCCGGGACACCGCACCACUUGGUUGAAAGCAGAAGAGGUGACCCAGGCCGGCAGUACAUCCAUCAAGAUCGAGACCCCAAACCAGUUUGUGCCUCUUUUCACCAACCCUCAAGAGGUCAUCGAGGCACGGAACAAGAUCCGACAGCAAAAUCGUCAGGACAUGAAGACAGCCGGACCACAGUCCCAAGUCCUCGCUAGCGUAAUAACAGUGGACAGUCCUCCGUCACCAGUCAGCCCGCCGAAACUUCCUCCGGAGCCUGAACCUCCAAACCCCUUCAACCAGCUGACAGACCAUGAGCUGGAGGAGUAUCGCAAGGAGGUGCAGAGGAAGCAGGAUGGAGGGACCGACGUAGGGGAGGAGGUGGCUAGUGACAAGGAGUCUCCCCCUGCUACCUCCCCCACAAAGGGUCCUCCCCUCUCAGCAGAAGAGGCAAAACCCGACUCUCCAGCCAUACAGAACGGAGGCGAGGAGGAGAAGCAGACGACGGAGGAGCUGGAGAAAGGGAUGAAGGCCCUCUCGACCAACGACACGUCCUCCACGCUGGCAGCUCCGCCCGCUAAACUGCAAGGCGGCACGCCUGAGGGCUCUCCCUCCAAGUCCCCGUCCAAGAAGAAGAAGAAGUUCAAGCCUCCGUCGUUCCUGAAAAAGAGCAAAAAGCAGAAGGAGAAAGCGGAGACCUGAGGGGGUGCGGUCGACACAGACCUCGGUGAAAUAAACCUCCUGUGAAACAUUUGUUAGUGUGUGACGGAUGAGUUCACCACAUCAGAUGCAUUCAAACGCCGUCGUUCACACGCACGCGGCGUUCUAAGAACAUUUGACUGUAACAUCAGUGGUUACAUCUCUGCAGGUUACAAACACUAAUCAUCUCUUUCACAGAUUCUUUCACUGAGGUCUGAUGCUUCGUUUCGACGCUCCACGUCUCGUCACACAAACAAAACAAGGUGUCCCUGAACUACUCACGUCUUAUUUUCACCUGCUGUGCUAUCAAACUACCAUUACCUAACUUCACCGUGUAGACGGUCACACACGUUGCUUUUCUCUUAACACUCGGGUUACACUUGUUUCAUACCGUUUUAUUUUGUAUCCACAAGUCACAGUCAGAACAUCUCGUUAAAUGAUGCACCCUUCUACCAUGUAUAGGCACUUAACCACAUGUAUAUUUACAUUUUAGUACAUUGCAUUUGUUGAUCAUCAUAGACAUCCUUCCUCUGUAGUCACGACUUGGUUCUAGGUGUUGCAGGUGUAGCCUACUAUGUGCGAGCACAGUUUGUGUAGAGAUAAACUCAUAGCUCCUCUGAAUGCUGGUUCGGUGUUAAACUAUCAGCCUAUUGAAAUUACUACAGCAGGGAUGAACAAUGAAAAAAGGAGAGCAGGGGAGUAUACUGGCUAGCCAUAAAAACAAAACAAUCCGCUCUGAAAGCCACUAAAAAAAACCGACGAUGCAUAACAAAUCUCUUGCUUGCCGAUGCAGUUUCUCCCCGUAAACGAAGGUAUGACGGUACUAAACAUUCCACUUUUCUCGUUUUCUUUGAAAUGUUCGUGUGUAUGCAAAAUACCUCUUAACAGUUGUAAUAUUUAUUUUCUGUUUUAAGUAGCUGUUAGCAAAAAAAAAUGCUGAUGUGCGAUGUUUUGCUCAUGGUUUUGAAUUUAUUUAUUUGACAUUAGGAUGUAUUAUGUGAGUGUUGCAAGGUUCCCAUGUAUCAGUCAUUAAAGAUCAACUUUGAUUUAAAACCA